UCUCGACAUACAGUUUGGCCAUUUCCAUCCCUAACUCUGCUUCUCCCUGAUGGUCUCCCGGAAGUACCAAUCGCCCUUCCACAAAAUCAUCUCCCGAGAUAAGGGUCUUUUUGAAGGGAAAAACUUUCUUGUGUCCACCGAUUCUAUUAAUUGGAUACAUCUGCAUACUCUUUCGAUCACAGAACAGGGCCAGCUCUACUCUUCGGACGAAAACGACUCCCACUACUUGCUUUUGCAGUCGUUGCAGUCAUGCCACGUCCAGAUCUUUUCCAGCUUGGCUUCUAGCCAACAGCACCACCAAACCCUUCAACCACGUAGACUCAACAGAGCGUCCGUGUCACCCAUGGACAAACAGCCUCCGGUCGUCUUCAUCAAGACAUACGAAAACGACAGGCUCUACAUCCGAGUUCUUUCCAAGAACAAUUUUGGCCAGUUGCUCUCUUCUUUGAUUGUAUGGCAGAAUUUCAAACCGCAGGGCCUCGUCAAGAAAUGGUACUGCGAGAAUAAGGUCGAAUACUCGACGUCGGCUACACUGGUCCCCCACGAACUCUUGGUGUGUCGUUUUAAGAUCUUUGGUCCAAUACCCUCUCGAUCCAAGAACUUGACCAUAGUUUCUGGUCCUAAAGCUCCAGUUUACCAGCCGAAGGCAGAACUGACAGCUGCUGACUUUGUAAGUGUAGACGGCAAUGGAAACGCAAACGGAGGCGUAGAUCAUGUUCACGAAGGCUGGUUCUACGCUAUAGGGGCCCUUAAGUCGAAUGGAUCGCUCAACUUCUUGAGUGAACUUGACGGAACGCUUCUAUAUACCAUCGACGUCAAAUCCAUCAUGUCAUCGGAAAUCAGAGAAAUUCACAACUCAAUUUUCGAUAACUCCAACGUGUUGUUCAUAGGUCAGCUCAAGGAGUUACGAUUCAACAAUGUCAUCAAGACUACCAGCUCGUUGUCUACCGAUCAGCUCGUGACGUCUUUCUUGACUCGCGACGGGAAAAUGGUGCAAAAUAACCAAAGAAUACUAAUAGAGUUCCCGCUCCACAUUGACUUGGAGGACUGGUUUGUGGGCCUAAACUACUUUGCCAAACGUGAAUACAUAGGCUCGUACUACUUCCAGCCCAAGCAGUUAGUGCUCAAGAAAGGUGAAUUCGACAUCACACAUCCUCCUCCUCUUACUGAUUUUACGAGAGAAAACUUUAGAGUCUCAAAGAAAAUCACCAUUGACAUAAUUGAAGCCAAGUUCGAAAACUUUGAGAGGCAGCAUGCAAGGCAUCAUGAAAAACAUGAAGAUCCAGAUGGAAAAAUAUAUGCCGAGGUUAGGAUGUGGGGAUAUCCCUGGUCCAGAACUGCAAUCGUAAACCAUACUAAUAACCCCUUCUGGAAGGAAGAGUUCUCGACAGAUCUCCCUAUCUCCACACAAAUGAUCCAUAUACUCAUUAAGAAAUGUGCCUAUAACGAUUCCUAUCUGGCUGCAGAUAAACUCAUAGGUACGGUCUAUGUAACGCCAGAUAUCUUAACCAAGAAAGUCAAAUCCAGCUCUACUGUUAUGACCGGUACUAAUUCCGGUAAUGUCAUUGAUGUGAAUGGCUAUUCUGCAGCAGGCACUUCUUCUCAAAACAACACCAUUUCUUUCUACAAUAACAACGAGAUUGUCAGGCUUUCCAUCUACGAUGCUUCCAACCUCCCUAUUGGGAAACUUUUGUUGCAUGUUAAUUUAAAGGAACACCAUAUCCUCCCUCCACCCUACUUCAGAAGUUUGGAAAGCAUGUUAGGAAAUGCUCCGAUGAAAGAUCUCAUCCAUUACUGUAAUGUGAAUGUGCCCACGUCGGACUUUGAAGACGUUAGUUUGAUGAUGUUGGACAUAUUCCAGAGUCUAGGCGUCGAAGACCAGUGGUUCAAAGCUCUUAUGGAAGCUGAGUUGGUGAAUGUUGACAUUCUCACCAGAAAACUCUACAAGAAGAAGAAUAGCGAUCAUAAAGAAGCGCAGACUUCGGCAUCGAACAAUGCAUUUAAUACUUUAUUUAGAGGUUCUUCCAUCUUUUCCAAGUCUUUAGAGAGAUACAAUUUGAGAAUCGGACAAGAAUACUUGGAAAAGGCACUUGCUGGCUUUUUCACCAAGAUCAGCAUGGAAAAGAAGAACUGUGAGCUCGAUCCCAGAUAUGUCAGUUUACAAGAAAAGAAGUUAAGGCAGGGAAAGGAAAUUGAUGACUCAGAUUCUGACUCGGAAUUCACGUCAGACUCUGAAGAUGAAGUCGUUGAUGAAGAAGAAAGAGAAAAGAAUGUCAACAAGAUGUUAGAAGAUAACUUCGAAAACUUAUAUGACUACGUGGAAGAAGUAUGGCACAAGAUCUACAUUACGUCCAACGAUUUGCCAGCACAGAUUAAGAUCCAGCUCAAGAAUUUUAGAACCAAGGUUGAAUUGGCAUGUGAUCCCGACGACAAGACAACUCCGUUGAACUGCUUAAGUGCCUUUAUCUUCCUUCGUUUUUUCUGUCCCGCCAUUUUGAAUCCUAAAUUGUUCUACUUGACCAAGAAUCACCAAUCGGGUACCACACAAAGAACGUUAACUCUAAUUGCCAAGAUAUUGUUAAACUUUGCUAACAGACAAGAGUUCACGAAACAUAAGGAGCCUCACUUACUUAGAAUGAACAAGUUCCUCAAAAAGCAUCGUAAAGAAAUCUAUGAUUAUUUCGACAAGAUUACAGGAAGAAAGAAUGACUUCAAUGAAAAGAUCUUGGACUUGAGCCAUGAUGUCAAGAGAUUUGACUUGGGACUCGGUAACGAUUCGACAUCCAAUGAAUUGCCUACAACUCCUUACUUGAUAGAUAAGUACUUGAGAUUGACGGAGUUGAUACAUUUACUUGAUUUCAAUAGAUUUGGCAAUCUGUCUGCAAUCACGAGUCCUGUAAGUCUCUUCGCUACUAGUGCCGGCAACAACGAAUCCGCUGACUCUGAAAAUGGCCCAGAACCCAAUGGUGAAAAAAACGGAAACGGUGCAAAGGAUGAGUAUCAAAUCGGCACACUAGAGUUUGAGAAGAACGAGUUCUUGGAUCUGGCGGCUGUUAAUGAAACUGAAGGAUUCAGCAAGUCUUUACGUAGGGGCAACGAAAAUAUCUUUUCGUUCAUCACGUCCAACAUCACGUUGCGAGACUUGCAAAAGCAAAGUACCAAGAUCACCGCCAAAGUCCAUCAGUUGGAGACUGUUCUUGAGAACUUUGAGUUUCCUAAUAACCUCUUGCCCAAUCAGAACAACCCCGAUCCCUCAUUUACCAACGACAUUCUUUCCCGGUGCUACUUGGAUGUCUCACGUGCCUGUUUAGUGUAUCUCGACAAGGACUUGCCCUACAACCACAACUACAGAAAGGUGGUAGAACAAAAUGCGCUCUCCAGCUUGAAGUUGAAGUUUUCCACCGAGCUGCGUGCUUCUCAUGUGCGUAACGCCUCGGUGGUUUCUACUCUGGCAUCGAUUUCGACGUCAUUCACCAACAACAGCUUGGGCAGUGCCCUCCGGAACGGUGCCAGAAGCUCGAUCAGACGGUGGUUGCGAAAGAAUUAGAUAUAGAGUAGUGUAUUAUUAUUGUAUAUGAUUACGUAAACUAGACUGAUUAGAGCACGAAUGUACGAUCGAUAUUUAUG